UUCCAUAGAGCAGAGAGAGGAUUAUAAAUAUAACAUUAGGUAUAUUUUCUCUGCAAAAACUCUGAACGCUUCGGCUUCUAUUAUACUACAGAAUAAUCUCGGUGCAAUGAAGAAAAGUGUCCUUCAAGGUCCAAAGUUCAUCCACUAAGAAGACAACUUAUUAAUUUUUCAGCAGUCUGUAUCAGUGAAGACGUGAUAGGUCGCCUGCUAUCCACAAAGCAUAAUUAGAUUCUUCCACUCUCAAAUUACCAUUUAACUUGGUUAAGUUUUCCCUUGGAGAAAUUGGUGAGCUCUAAGUGUGGAGGCACUUAAAUAUUUCAAAUGUUUAUAGCUAGCUGCAGUUCUCUAUCAUUUAUCAUAGGAAGAUUAACCUUCUAUGUUUAGAUUGCUCAAAAUAUGAUUUCUCCUUUUUCAAUAAGUUGCCGUUGCUCAUUUUAUUUUUGUUAGUUUUGCUGCAUGAUGUCAUUUCCCUUGCCACGUUAGUAGAGAUUCUAGUGAAGAUACCGACUCUUUUGAAAGAUGAAGGCUUUUCUGUCAUGCAGUACCUCUUAGAAUCCCUGUUCUUUGCCAUUAUUGUUGUUGUCUUUUACUGAAUUGGUCAGCACGCAUGAGGGUAUCUAUGGAGUUUGAUACGAAGAAGAAAAAUGUUCAGGGAAAAGUUCCCGAUUUUGGUGCGAUCUUUAUGUCAAACAGUGCUACAAAGGAAGAAUGUUUUAGACGGAAAUUAUUCGGACUUCCAUUGGGGCAAGCAGACUUUGUAAAGCAGGUUAAAGCAGGAAUGAUCUUAUUUUUAUUUGAAUUCGAGAGUAGAGAACUUUGUGGUGUUUUUCAGGCAUGUUCUGAUGGUGCAAUUAACAUUGUGCCCCAUGCAUUUACAUCAUCUGGAAAGCAAUUCCCUGCACAGGUAAAGUUCACCAUAAUUUGGCAUUGCAGUUCCCUUUCUGAAAGUGAAUUUUGCCAUGCUAUUAGAGAAAACUAUUUUUCACCAAACAAGUUUAACUUUGGGUUGUCUGCAAAACAGGUCCAAGAGCUCUUGUCGUUAUUCAGUUUGAGAAAGUCAAAAAAUAAGAACCUUCAAGGAUAUUCUAUCCGAAGUGAGGUUGCAAGACCAAUUGCAUUUCCUUUGCAUAAAGCCAGAAAUGCAGUUGAUGGUGACCGCUUUUUAGUGAUUGAUGAUGGGAAAGAUAAGCGAAAUACAGAUGACUAUUCUAGUCGUGCUUUCACUGCUAAUCAAAGCAUUCAUGAUCCUAUCACCAUAGGAGUGAUUUCUCAGCCAGAAUGCAAAUGGAAUGAGCUCAACGGUUCUAGGCCAUCUGUCCCAAAUGAGCACCCUGGUUUAUUUCAAGCUGUUCCACCUGUUUAUUCUAGCAAGUAUGAUUCAGAAAAUUUUUUCCAUAAUGAUCAUCUUCAACAAUCUAUAAUGCAUAGCUCAAUGGAAUCACAAAACUUGAAUGUUCCUUAUUCAACAAAUUUUGGGCAUACUGUUGUUACAAGUGCUCCAUCUUAUGACCCUGAAGUUCCUGCCCUUAACUAUAGGAACUCACCUGUGCCUGAAUUUUCUCCUGAUAGCAGUGCAUUCCCUCAACUUGCAAACCAGUCAUUAUUAUCACAUGUAGAACAUAAUUUUACAAGCAGACAUGCAAUCACCAAUUCUGAUUUAUCUAAUAAUAUUCUCUCAUCUUAUCCCAACCUAUGCGAAUACUCCAAGAGGACCAGUAAGCUUUUCCUAGGGACUUUAUAUCCUGAAACAGUAGGAAAAGCCUCAGAAUGUGAAAUUCCCAGACGCUUCACUGUACCAAAUCCCUCUUCAAUUCCUCUGUGUUUUUCAGCAAGUGGAAGUAAUAGAACAAAUGAGGGUGCAUCUUAUUCCAACAGCCAAAGCAAGUCUUCUUCUUGCGUGUUUGAUUGUAGCUAUCCUGUAGUUUCACAAGACAAAGAUGGCCAUAGGCUUUUGCAUUUUGAAAAUUAUGAAACCUUUGCUGCUGAUAUUCCUGUUCUGAAAAAGGGUAUUUCUGGAAGCAUAGACAUGCAUGAUAACACAUCAGGAAACCUGGAUAUCUCUUAUUCAGAGAAAAUUUAUUCUUGUUGUCAAAAGAAAAGACCGAGUGUGUUUUCUCGCUUGUCCUUACCUCCAAAAGUAUUCAAACAAAAUACUGAUAUCCAAAUUCGACAUGUUGAGAGCAGCAUUGAUUCAUCGGUGGAUGAAGUCAUGGCAAUUUUGUAUGAGAGUCAUGACAAUUGGGUGAAGGAAAAAAGUUUUAAGCUGCUGAUCAAACGGCGUGAGGACAUCAUAAACACAAGGAACAAAAGACCAAUGAUCAAGAUCUCCAAAUCAUCUGCAAAUAAGUUGGCAAAGAUUUCAGUUGAUGAAGAGAGUGUGGUCCAAAUAGCAGAAAAGCUACCUUUUGUGGAUUUCAAGUGCCGUAGUGAAGUGCGAAGGCUUCAAAGUGAUGCUAGUAGCAGGGUCUGUAAUAAGAGUGUUGAAAGCAAUGGAUCCUUAGAUGGGAAAAAUAAAAGAAGAAGGUUGAUUAGACCAAAAUUCACCAUGAAUGAAUCAUUUGGAAAUGUUAUGGUUGGAGGCCAGGAUAAGAAAGUAUCACAAGUUCUUGAGAUAGCACAUGUCAGCACUGAAAACAAUAUAGAUAGUAAGCAAAAACUUUGUAUUGGUUGUGAAGAGAGGAAUGCAGAUGCUGAAAAAGAUUCGAAUAAUGAAAGAGAAAAUAAUGUGGAAAAUUGUGUUAUGCCCUUCAGAGAUUCAUAUGAAGAGAAGAAGGAAGAACCACAUAUUAUUGGCAUUGACAAUGUGCCUCUUUCAGGUUUUUGCAAAGGUCAAAAUUGUGAUUUAGAAGAGUCCUCGACUUUUAAGAGUUCUGAGGAUUAUGGGUUGUUGCAAAAUCAUAAUGAUACUAGUUGCUCUGUUCUUCCAGAGUCAUUUAUUCAAUUACAUGAAGUAGAAUCUGUAAAUGGAGUCACAUCUGGUGGACUUAAACAUGAUGGAGAUAGCACCAAGUCGACUCAAAAUGUCGAAUACGAGAAGAAAUCUUGUUCUAUAACUGAUGACAGUUUGAUUAGCAGCUCAAUGAAAAAUAAUUCUGAAUUUGAGAAGUCAACUGAUGAACUCGGAAAUGGUAAUAAUGCAAGUAAGCAGCAAUUAUCAGUGGAAUCUGUCAGUGGGCAGUGCAAGGCAUCUGCUGAAAUCCUUACUUUUGGCAAUUUGCAAAAAUCAGCUGAAGGGAUAUGUGAAGAACAGGAUCAAAACAGCGUGUCGGUCGCAACUGCAAGCAAAAGCUCUAAGGUGAAUUUCAAGGAUGAUAUCACAAAUGGUUGCGAAACCAUUGCUGAGAAUUGCUUGAGCAACCAAAGUUUGUUUUCAUGUGAAGAGCUUGUGCAUAGUGGUGUAAGUAGUGAAGGUUAGGAUAUAGAAAUGCUGUCUUUGGAAUUUAUUGCUCUAUAGAUUGAAGCUUUAGCGCCAAGCUGUAGCUUCUAUCCGUUUUUGAACUUUUCAUGUUUCUUGCUGUAAUCGCAGCAAUUUUACACAUGGAAAUUAUCCUAUAAGCUUUUAGGAUGUGUCAAAUUUGUUUUUGAUCAUCUUCUAUGAAUGAAAAUGUAGUUGAAUUUUAGAUGUAGGCCCUGCGUUUGACUUUGGCAGUUGAUUGGAAUUUUCACUGAGAUUUCUGUUUUGAAA